AUGAGAGAAUUUAUUUGGCUUGACUGUAUAUUUGCUGUGGGGUGUUUUGUCCCACCCCACCCAAUUUGGAAAGGCAAAGGGGCUAGCAGUAGGGGUUGUCAAAAAAAAGAAAGAGAAAGAAAAAGACCACUAACACAUUUUAAAAACACAUAGUAGAGAACAGAAGGAAGGCCAGAAGAAACAAACAAGUGGGACAGCUUUGAAAGCUAAAGGCUGAAUUUAUUAUGUUAUGCAUAUUAUAUAUACAUACAUACAUAUAAAUGAAAGCAGUAAGGAACAGAUUCACAGCUUCACAGCUUCAUGGACACUCUUCUUUUUCUCUUCUAUUUUAUACCUGGACUCUUUUUAUUUGGUAUUUGGUAAGUUCAGAAUUUUAAAAAAUAAGUAGUUUCUUUAAAAACUGGGUUUCAAAUUCCUGGUCUGUCCAGGUUAACUUUCACCUCUGAUACAGACACUGAGCAGCUUUGUAGAAGGGUAUGGUCACCCUUCACAAAGUGGUCCUCAACAGAACCUCAAACAACCGUAAUUACCCUUAAAGAAUAUCUGGGCCUAAACAAUUUCUUUUCAAAUUGGUGACUAGGCAUCUUCAACUGCAACCCAUAGCUUUCCAAAGAUCUGAAAGCAUUUAAGUGCUCAAGUGUGAUUCUAACCCCUACUGGGCACAUGGCAUUUGCCCAGCUCUCUGGGUAAGGAUGGCAAAUGUGAUCCAUACAUCAUCUAGCUAUCUUCAGGCUCUGGACUGGGCUCUAGAAAGGUGGGCUGAAGGAAAUGGUAAAGUUUGACUAGGAAGAGAGAAGCCUCUAGGUGACAAGACAGCUAUGGCUCAGAAAAUGAGGGAGACCUGCUUUCUCUCUUUGGCCCUAGGGGCUGGAGCUUAGAAGCAAUAUAAAUGAGCACUUUUAAGUCUGAUGGAGAGGAGAAAGCACUCAACAAGUCAAGAGCUAUUCCAAAGUGAAUUGGUCUGCACUGGGAAGCACAGGGUCCACUGAGCCCCAGCUGGAUAACUACCAAGAGGGUAGGGAGUACAGGGAAUUUCUGUUGAGGCAGAUAGAGUAGGUGGUAACUCAAACCACUUAGGGACCUUCUCACCUUCCUCUAACUCAAUAGGAUUAAUUCCUAGACCUAUAUAUGCAGCUCUAGUCUAUCUCUCCCCUACUCUAAAGAUAUAUCAAAUUCAGCAUGCCUUAAGAUGAACUCAUCUUUCCAUCAAAUCCUCCCCUUUUCCCAGCUUUCGCAUUACUUUUAAAGUACCACCAUCUUUCCAGUCACCCAGGUGUCAUCCUGAGCUUCACAGAUCUGGUCUGAUGUCAAAUCUGAUGCUUCUACCUUCUUGACUCCUUCACAGCCAUCAUCCUAGUUACAGGCAGAUCUGUCCCUUGGACUAUUGGGAUGUUUCUCUUGUUUAGUGACAGACUCCACUCUCCUCUCUAGAAUCCAUCCUCUACUGCCAAAGGUCUGGUCAUGUCACCCCACCUCAUAAGCUGUAGCGUUUUCUUACUAUUUUCAGGAUCAAACAAAAUCUCCAUUGGCUUUAAAGCCCUUUAACAAUCUGACCCUUUCUACCUUUGCAGUAGUCUUCUUAUACUUUACUCUGCUGUACAAACCAGCUACACUGAGCCCCUUGCUGUUUGUCAAACAAGAUACUGUUACCUUUCUCAGGGUUUCAGGGGUGUGGGGUGCCCAGGCCUCUACCUCCCAGCUUCUCUGAAGGCUUAGUUAAUCUAAGUAGUGACCUCCCAUAGUUGUCUGCACCAAGUCUCCCACGUUAAAUCGGGAGCUCCCUGAGGUCAGGGCCUGGGCUCCUGCCUCUCUUUGGUAUCCCAGUGGGUAGCAUGGUGCUUGGUGACUCUGCCAGUCUGAUUCUCAGCCUGAAGCUGCUUCUCGGAUUACUCAAGAGUUGGGAGGAAGCAAACCCAGGGGCGAAGCUUCCUUUGGCUGGAGCUGCCGCUGCCUUUUAGACAGGCAGCCCCCGGCACUCCUUCGUAGGGCCUUUCAUUCAUGCAGUCAUUAGUUCGUUCAUUUGCCCGCCCGCCUGCCAGGCACCUCCUCAGGGUAAGUCGGGGAGCCAAAGGCGCCCGCUCGGGUGCCAGGAUCCAGGGAGGAGAGAAGAGAGGCUCGAGCCUCCCCAUCCCCGCCUGUCCCAUUGCGCUGCUCCACAUCGCUAGAGGGACCUAUGGCCGGCGGCGCCCCCUACUGGUCGGGUGGCCUGCGGGCCUAUCCGUGGAUCGCGAAAAGCCCUACCCAAGGAGGCGCUGGAGCGGGGAGAAGCGAGCCAGGUUGCCUACUCCCCUGCACGGCCGUGAGAAGCCAGGUAGACGCGCGCGCGCUGCCACCAUGCCAAACACCUGGAGCUCGCGCCUUCCCUCCACCGCAGCUCGCUCGAGGCUAAGGCCCUCCCUUGCCCUCUUGUACUCGGUGCAGCCUCCUAAGCGUACCCUCGGGCGCUCCAGCUCCGGGGGCCAUGGGACCUCGGGCCUCGGCGGAGCUCCUUUGGGCAGAUGCAGCCCGCUCCAUGCACGCGAUGUCAGCAGGAGCGAGGGCGAGCGCAGGGGCGGGGCCGGAGUCUCUCGUUUCCCGGAGGCCUACCGAGUGCUUCGACUUGGUGCCGCUGACGCACCGGCCGCCAUCUUUAGUGAGGUACCGCCCUCAGUCUGGGAACCGGGGCGGGGCGCAGGAAGAUGGGGUGAGCUCGAGGAGGAAGGGGCGGAGCAAGAUGAAUGGCAGGAGGGUGGAGCAAAAUGGAUGAGGGGAGGGCGGGGCUGGGAGGGACCUCAGGGUGCUCUGGGUUUCUAAUCCGAGCGCUGGCGAGUCUGCCAGGAGCCAUUCCCAAGGAACCGGGACGGCCACUCGGUAGCGGCUGCUGGGAGCUAAUCUGCUUGCAGUAAGGUCCCUCCAGGCCUUAGCCGCCACCGACUCUGCAGCUGUUUACGGAAGAACGCCGGCAAGGUGUGGGGCCGCCCCUAUGAAGGGGGCCGCCCCUCGCGCACUGCGGAAGUGUGGGUAGGCGUAAGAGACACUUGUGCUCGCACCGGAAGCGGGCACGGACAACUAUGGCGGGUCUGGCGGUUCGUGACCCUGCGGUGGACCGAUCGCUGCGCUCUGUAUUUGUGGGUAACAUUCCAUAUGAAGCUACAGAAGAACAGUUAAAGGACAUCUUUUCUGAAGUUGGACCAGUGGUGAGUUUCAGAUUGGUAUAUGAUCGAGAAACAGGCAAACCAAAAGGUUAUGGUUUUUGUGAAUAUCAAGACCAAGAAACGGCCCUUAGUGCUAUGCGGAACCUGAAUGGCCGGGAGUUCAGUGGGCGGGCACUUCGAGUAGACAACGCUGCCAGUGAGAAGAACAAGGAGGAACUAAAGAGCCUUGGCACUGGUGCCCCCAUCAUUGAAUCUCCUUAUGGAGACCCGAUCAGCCCAGAGGAUGCUCCAGAAUCCAUCAGCAGAGCAGUUGCCAGUCUGCCACCAGAACAGAUGUUUGAGUUGAUGAAACAAAUGAAGCUUUGUGUACAGAACAGUCCCCAAGAAGCAAGAAAUAUGCUCCUCCAAAACCCCCAGCUAGCCUAUGCUUUACUGCAGGCACAAGUAGUGAUGCGAAUUGUAGACCCAGAGAUUGCACUGAAAAUUUUACACCGUCAAGCAAAUAUCCCAUCUCUAAUUCAAGGUAACCCGCCACCCGGCCAAGGACCUAGUGCUCCAAUGAACCAGCCAAAUGCUGCAGCCUCUCAACCACAGCCCUUGGGUGGAAUGCAUGUAAAUGGAGCUCCUCCUCUGAUGCAGCCACCUUUGCCAGGUGGCGUUCCAGCACCAGGAGCAAUGCCUACUCCCGGACCUGGCCCUGGCCCUUUGGCACCUGGAGGUGGCAUGCCAUCCAAGGUUGGAAUGCCAGGCGGUGGGCCUGUAUCCCUAGAUCGAGGCCAAGGGAGCCUACAGCACUCGCCCGUGGGACCUGCCGGGCCUACACCAAUUGAGCGAGUUCAAGGUACCCGUGUGCCAAUGCCAGACCCCAGGGCCCCUAUGCAACGUGGACCUAUGCCUGCUGGCGGCCCACCUCCCCGAGGUCUUUUAGGAGAUGCUCCAAAUGACCCACGUGGAGGGACUUUGCUCUCAGUCACUGGAGAAGUAGAACCCAGAGGUUACAUGGGGCCACCCCAUCAGGGUCCUCCUAUGCACCAUGUCCCUGGCCAUGACAGCCGUGGUCCUCCACAUGAGAUGAGGGGAGGACCACUGGGAGAGCCCCGGCCUCUCAUGGGAGAGCCCAGAGGACCUAUGCUGGAUCAGAGGGGUCCACCCAUGGAUGGCAGAGGUGGAAGAGACCCCCGAGGGAUGGAUGCCAGAGCAAUGGAGGCCAGAGCAAUGGAGGCUAGAGGCAUGGAUGCCAGAGCAAUGGAAGCCAGGGGGAUGGAGGCCCGAAGCUUAGAGUCAAGGGCAAUGGAAGCUAGAGGCAUGGAUGCCAGAGCAAUGGAAACAAGAGGCCCUGGCCCCAGAGGCCCAAUGCCUGGGGGACUCCAGGGACCUGGACCAAUCAACAUGGGAGCCGGUGGCCCCCAGGGACCCAGGCAGGUCCCAGGCAUGCAGGGAUCUGGUCUGCAGGGUGGAGGUCAGCCUGGGGGGUUUAGUCCUGGACAGAACCAAGUUACUCCACAGGAUCAUGAAAAGGCUGCUUUGAUUAUGCAAGUGCUCCAACUGACCGCAGACCAAAUUGCUAUGCUGCCUCCUGAGCAACGGCAGAGUAUCCUGAUUUUAAAGGAACAGAUACAGAAAUCUACUGGUGCCCCUUGAAUGAUAUACAGAAUUCCUGCAUAUCCAAUUUCCUAAUGUGGAGAAGGAUUCAGGAUCAGAGGAGUCUGUAUCCCAACACUUGAAUGACCGUAAAUGGUGGUGGGCAGAUGAUCUCCUCACUGUCAGCUUUUGGUUUGGGGGGGGCGGGGGGGUUGGGGGUAUGGUAUCGAGGAGGUUCCGUUUAGUUUGUGUAUUUUAUGUGGAUUGAAAAACAUUUUAUCCAGAAUUUGAGUAGGUCCAGAACAAGUAUGUUGUUAUGUCCUUUUUGCUUUGGGGUGGGGGCCAGGGAAAUUACUGAUUUUGCUUCAGAUGAAGACUAUAGGACAACUUGUUAGGUUGUGACUUCUCUUGCCCCUGAGCUCUGUUCCCCAGCUCUGUUUUGCUUUGUAUGGUGAUAGUCCAUCCAUUGAACAAACAUUACAGUCCACUUCCUGUGUAUACGGUAUUGUGCUAAUUAUAUGUGAUCAUUAUGCUAACCUUUUACUCUCCUUGAUGGUUGGUUCUCAGCUGUGAAGGUUUUCUAGAACCAGCCUUUUUCUGAUGUUUGUUUCUAGCCAAAAGAACCAGGAUGUGUCUUUUGGGAAACUAUUUAGAAUGUACCGUUCUGUAUGUAAUAGGGGGAAAUGAUAUUAACAGAGCUGGAGAUACUUGAUUGGUUGGCACUAUAAAAUGUCCAGAAAGCCGCCAAAGCAAAGACACUGGCACAACAGUAUGUUGGUUCUAGAAAAGUCCAAAUACCAUGAUGCAGUUUUAUGUCAAUAGCAGAUGUAUUCUUGUACGUCGUUCUGAGCUAAAGCAAAGAUGCUAUGUUUGGUAGUAAUUACAGUAUGUGUCAUCAGCAUCAUAGAAACAGAUGGCGCUUGCCUGUUUUGUCAUGAAGCUCUCAGGUCUUGUACAAGUCAAUUAAAAACUGUUUUGGAGGUGUUUGUGA